AUGUCCGAAGAUUUGGAAGCAGCCAAGGCUACCGCCGCACCUCCGGUUGAAUCAUCUGAAUCUCCUGCUGAAGAUUCAGCGGAACCCCCUGUGGAAUCAUCAUCAUCAGCUCCAGCAGAAGCAGCAACCGCAGAUGCAGAAACAGUAGCUUCCGCACCUCCUCCAACUCCCAAUCAACACAACCUUCCGAGUGUUGCGGAUUAUGAAAAGGUUCUAGAGAGCGACGAUGAAGAAGUGUAUUUGGAGGAAUCUACUCAUGGAGGAACGGAAGUUGGAACCGUGGCUGCGACUGAAGCAGGAGAUGCGGAAUCUUCCGCAGGAGAAUCGCAAUCCAAAGAUGACAACGAAACCAUUCUUAGCAAUUUCACGGCCAAGUUCUUUCCUCCAUCACCAGCGAAAAAGUCGAGGGAUGACGUCGAAACCGGAGCUUUGCUCAAGAGUGCGGCCAGCACACCGACUCGUCUCAAAUCUGCCCAGUCAUCACCAGAGGGUACACCCAUGCGACUUCCCGCACAAUACAUUGUCAAUGAUUCUUCCAAUCAGUUCGAUGAUGACAUUAGCACCAUUGCCAAUGAUGCAAAUACGAUUGCCAAAUCCACCACUUCUGACAAGCACAACGGUCCAGAUGGUCCUGGUUCUCCGGAUAUGACGGACGGGGCGUCUCAGCCAAGCAUCCAUCACAAUGCCAUGAUUCCAAAGCCAGACGCGAAAAACAUUAGCUUCCAGUCCAAGGGAGCUUCGUCCACUUCCGAGGAAUCGAAACCGAGUCAAGGUCCAGUAGGCGACACCCGAUCGGUCUUUUCCUUUGCGUCGUCCUACAGGAGGUUCCGGGGUGGUUCAGGAUGGACUCGCAAACACUACAUCAUGGCGUGUUGUCUCACCUUUUUCCUAUUGGCCACCAUUGCGGGUUUGGCCUAUACCUUUCAUUCCUUGAAGGACAAGGAAGGGCAAAUGGCGAGACAACAACAACUAGACAUUCUAAAAAAGAAUCAGGAACAAAGCAACCAGCAGCAACCGCAACUAGAUGGGGUAGCAGACGAUAUGAGUCUCAGACCCACAAUGCUUCCCAGCAGUGUCCCCACGAUCUUUCGCCCGACUCCCAAACCCACCCGGGCUCCCACGGGAGUACCGAGUCGCACACCCUCCGGAAUGCCCAGUAUUCCACCGACGGAUUUUCCUACCAUUAAUCCUUCCAGGAGGCCCACCAUGGCACCGAGUGGAACACCCAGUGAUUCUCCCGCAUACAUUUUGCGAACGGCCCUUGCCGAUGUUACCAAUGGCAAAACUCUGGAAGCGAUCGAGGUCAAUGGAACCCCUCAGCAAAAAGCCUUUGAUUGGUUGCUCGACGACCCCAACUUUUUGAAUUACCUGACCCGACGCAAAGUCCAACGCUUUGCCUUGGCCGUCUUGUACUACUCCACUACUCAGCCCAGCGAUGCCCGAGAAUCCUUGCAGACUUGGAUGCAGUACGAGUCGAACGAAUGCACCUGGUUCACCUCGUGGUUUGAAAAUCGACUGGCCUGUGGAUCGGACCACAUUUACAAAUUCUUGACGCUCCGCAACAUCAACUUGGUGGGACAAAUUCCAUCGGAAAUAGCCUUGCUGGAUAAAUUGAAUUCCCUAGUAUUGAGCAACAAUGGAUUGUCCGGAACAAUCCCCAAGGAAUUUGGAGAAUGGACUUCGCUUGAGAACUUGGAUCUCCGUGGCAACUACUUGAAGGGCAAGAUUCCCAAAUUCACGAAUACGGCCAACAUCAGAAACAUCUACCUGAAUUGGAACCAACUGACAGGAACUGUCCCAGAAAGUUUGAGUGAAUUGAAUCAGCUCCGGACCCUGGAUCUGACGGAAAACUUCCUCAUCGGCUCUGUUCCCAACAGAAUGUGUUCGAGGGGACUACAAACCUUGGGAGUUGAUUGUGACGAGGUUGGUUGCACUUGCUGUGACAAGUGCAGCUCGGACGAGACCCGAUCGCCCGUGGUCGUGCCUCCGACACCUCCCACACGGCCACCCACAUUUCCGCCGACUCGUUCGCCAACGCCUCCACCAACAGGACGGCCCACUCCUGCUCCCACACCAGGACCGACUCGUCCACCCACGCGUCCCCCUACCGGACGGCCCACUCCUGCUCCCACGCCAGGACCGACUCGCCCACCUACCCCUGGACCCACGUUUCCACCGACUCCUGCUCCCACAUGUCUCAAUGACAUUCAAACCAGCAAGUCGUGUUAUACCUUGGGUGAAAGUAUCAUUGUCAAUUUCCGCACUUGCAAUCCUUUGGGCAACGAUUGGGUGGGAGUCUACCCCGAUAGCGUUCUGGCGGGCCAGCACUUUGAACCCCGUUUGUGGAAGUGGGCUUGCAACUCUCAAAAUUGCUUUACUCCGAUUGAACGAGGAACCGUCGUGAUGGAUGCGACCUCCACAGGAAUCAGUCCAUGGCCACUGGCAGCUGGCGAAUACAAGGCUUGGAGCUUUCGUCAGGGAGCCUCUGGAGCUCCUCAGCCAGUGAUCAAGGGUACCGGCAAGUUUCGGGUAUCAAGUGGCUUCUGCUGA